UCCAGCUUACUCAUUGGCGCUCAGCAGUACCUACCUAAGCAGAGGGAGUGAUUUUUUCCCUCCCUUCCUCCUCUUUUGGACAAAGUCCCCACAAUGAAGAUGCUGCUGCUCCUGGUUGCUGUGCUCUCUGCUGCCCUGCUAGCCAGUGCAGCCCCUCCAACAUGCUACUCGAGGGUGUUGUCUCUGAGCAAGGAAAUCACAGAGUCCUUCAAGGAGCUGCAGACCUCCAAAACCGUGGACUCGUGUGUGGAGAUGCUGCCCAGGCUGUACUUGGACAUCCACAAUUACUGUGUGUUGGCAAAACUCCGUGACUUUGUGGCCUACCCUGGAUGUGACAGAGUGGUUGAAGUGAGUGAGCUGAAGGAAAAGGCCCGGAGCCUGUACACCAUCUUGAUCUCCUACUGCAGAAGGGACCUGGUGUUCCUCACUGAUGACUGUAAUGCUCUGGAAAUUCCUAUUUCACCUCCCAUUGAACACUCCAUCACUGAGAGCUAAAAGACAAACCAAAAAAGUUAUACCUGGGAAAGUUUCAAGGAGACCAAAAGUCAAAAUAUGUAUAUGCAGUCUAUAACAUUAACAACUGUGAUCUUUUUCAAGCACACUAGCAGUAUAAUCUCAGACCUACCCAUUUUUCUCUGCCUUGGCAGGAAAUGAAUUGCAUGCCUUGCAUACCUACUGAGCUGCUAGGGAACCUACUAUUAGGGAGCAGUUUUUCGUUUGGCAAGGUACGGUAUUUUAGCUUAGCCAAAUAUAAAAGUAUGUUUUGUUUAAACAUCAGAAACUAGAUUUUUUAUUUUUACUCUUUUAUGAAUAACUGGACUCAUAUAUACAUUCUCUCUUGACUUAGCUGUUUUUCUUUUAUUAGAUGGGCAUGGAAGGGACCAUAUUUGUUUUCCUUAGAAUGUUUGAUAAAAGGAGAGUAAUGCUGUACCGGCAGAUUUCUCUGCCUGUAUAGCUCAUAUAUAUCUCUUGAUAGUUUUUGAUGUCAGAUUUGUGAGAAUAGAGGUGAAAUAAAGAUGUCUCUGUGGAAAACUAAAUAAAAACAAUCUUCUAAUCCAA